UCUCCGGUCUCAUCAAGUCAGUCGCUUGGUGAACGUUGUUGAAACUUGACCAGUUUAUUUUCAACAAUAACAACAUGUCUGAAGAAUUCAAACUUGGAGAUCUUGUUUGGGCUAAGAUGAAGGGAUUUCCACCUUGGCCAGGACGGGUAUCAAAUCCAUCUAAAGAAAUUAAGAAACCAGCAGCAAAAAAAGGUCCAACAUUUUGCGUAUUUUUCUUUGGAUCAAAUAACUAUGCCUGGAUUGAAAAGGCUAAUAUUCAGUCUUAUCAUCAACACAAGGACACACUGAUUAGCUCUAGUAAAACUGGACAAUUUAAAUCAGCUGUUGAAGCUAUUGAAGAUUUUAUUGCUAAAGGCGAAGUAUUUGAAGAUGGUCCAGAUCCAGAUUCAUUAUUUGAUAGACUAAAAGAAGAAACAAAUACUGAUGUAGUAGCCAAGAGUCCAAAACCAACAAAGCCACGUAAGGAAACACCAAAGGCAAAAAGAUCAGAAUCCAGUCUUGGAAGUCGUCCAGCUAAAAAACGACGUGAAUCAACUGCAAGUAAUAGUAAUAUUAGUAGUACAAGUCCAGCAUUGAAUCAUGUGUCUCCAGUACCACCACCAAGAAAAUCAACAUCAACAUUACUCAACAGGCCAGCCAACAUCACAAGACCUGUAACACCAUUACUUGAUGUUGAGACAAUGUCACAAACUUUGAAAGAUAAAAAUAUUCUUCCAUCAAAUUUGAAAUUUGGUUUUCUUGGUCUUGGAAUAAUGGGAAGUGGUAUUGUUAAAAAUUUGAUAAACAGUGGUCAUCAUGUCGUCGUCUGGAAUAGAACAGAAGACAAGUGCACGGAUUUUGUUAAAGCUGGAGCUGAAAGUGUACUAACACCAUCAGAUGUUGUUGCUAGUGCAGAUAUAACAUUUUCAUGUGUUGCUAAUCCACAAGCAGCAAAAGAUAUGAUAUUUGGUAAUUGUGGAGUAUUAACAGAAAUAACAUCUGAAAAAGGUUAUGUAGAAAUGACUGGUAUUGAUGCUGAAACAUCACAAGAUAUUGGUGAGGCAAUAAAUGCUAAAGGUGGAAGAUUUUUAGAGGCACAAGUACAAGGUAGUAAAGUACAAGCUGAAGAGGGUACACUUGUUUUAUUAGCUGCUGGUGAUAGAACAUUAUUUGAUGAUUGUCAAACAUGUUUUGAAGCUAUGGGAAAAAAUAGCUUUUAUUUUGGUGACAUUGGUAAUGCAUCAAAAAUGAAUUUGGUGCUACAAUUAGUUGCUGGUGUUACAAUUGCUGGUCUUGCUGAAGGUAUGGCACUUGCUGAUCGUAUUGGUUUACAACAAAAAGAUGUAUUGGAAGUAUUGGAAUUGACAUCAUUAGCAUGUCCAGCAAUAUUGGACAAGGGUCGAGCUAUUCUUGAUUGUGAUUUUCAACCACAAUUACCACUUCAACAUAUGCAAAAAGAUUUAAGAUUAACUCUUGGUAUGAGUGAUCAAUUGGAACAAAAUUUACCACUAACAGCAGCAGCAAAUGAAGUUUAUAAACAUGCUAAACGUCUAGGAUAUGCAGACUAUGAUGCAUCAGCAAUUUAUAUGGGAGCCAAAUUCUAAUUGUAUCAAUGAUGUGUUGUGCAUGUGUGUGUGUUUUUAUCAUUUUUUCUUUUGUUUUUUAUUUAAUUGUCCGGGCUUUUUUGCCGUACCGUAUUUAUUGCAAUACAUCUAGAGAUUGUUCUUCGGACCGAUAAAAAAUAAAUGAAUUAAUUAUACAAAAAACACAUAUUUCAAUUGAAUAUAUAAAUGAUGUGUAAGAUCGAUCGUGAAUUUUUGAUCUUUGGAGAUGAUAAAUAAUUAAGUAUAAUUACUCCAUAAGUGUAUAGAUCACUACAAAACUUUGAAUUAUGUAGCACAAAUGUUUGUUUAUUAAGAUUCGAAAUUUUAUAAUUUUGCAUCAUUUAUUAAUAUUAUAAUUAUACUAAUAAUUAUUAUUUUUUUUUUUUUUUACACUUUUAUUCUAUUUUUUAGAUAUAUAUUAUUUUUUUUUUUUUCUGAAAAACAAUGAUUUAUUGUUAGUCGUUUAAUGAGCAUCAAUUAAUUGAGUAUUUGUUAUUGACCAACUGGACAUAGUGUGAUCAGAUUUUUUUUUUUUCUAUUUUUUAAAUGAAUUGUAAAUGAAAAAAAAAUUGAAACAAUGAUGACGUGCGUUUUAAGAAUGUGCCUUAGGAUGCCACAAGAUGGAAUGACAAAUCCUUUAGUAGCUCAUGAGAGUGCAAGAUUAAAUAUUAAUUUUUUUUUUUGGUCUUUUUCUUGAUUUUAUUAUUUAAUGAAGAAUAGACAAUCUUGUACUCGUUAUCAAAUAAAUUUUCCAUGGUAUUUAAAACUCGGAAAAGUAAAAGAAAAAUCUUCUAGCAUUGUUUCUUCUUUUUUUUUUUACUUGAAAUAUAUUAAUGUAUAAAUUUGUAGCUUUUAUUGGAGUAUGAAACAACAGCUUGUUCGGAAAAUAAUAUAUAUUUUAAAAUUUAAAACAAAAAAAAAAUUUGUUGCACGUUAAAUGAUGAUAGAUGGGACCAAGUACAUUUGUCCUAAAGAAAAAUAGAAAAAAAAAAUAAUUAAACAAGAGAUGGACUUUCAGUGUAAUACGGCAAACAAGCAACGGCACAAAAUUCGAUAAAUUAAAUAAUAAUAAACAAA